CACAGCCGCCGCCGGAGCUGCCGGAGACCCACCACGGCUCCCGGCGACCAGGGGGCUCAGCCCUCCCCGGGGGCUGUCACUGGCCCCCCCAGCCCUGCCGGUGCUGGAAGCGGGGGGCUGAGCCGGGGGGGCUGAGCCGGGGGGGCCGGCGCAGGCAGCGUCAUUCGCCUGGCUCCACCCCCCCCAAAAUCGCAGGGGGCUUCGCUGUGACCCCGGCGCUGGGAUGGCAGCGGGACAGUCGGACCGCGGCGGGACGGCGGGACGGUUCCCAGCCGAGGUGGUGGCUGGAGUGCUCCGGGGGGAUCCAGCCAGGGCGUUUGCCAGUCGCUUUGUUGCUGCUGGGGGAUUUUUUAUUUUUUUUUUAGGAUUAUUAUUAUUUUGAAGGGGAGGGUGAGGAGAGGGGGCUGACACUGACUAUAAAGGCAGAGCUCUCCGGAGCAGACGCCACUUCCCCACCACCAUGAGCACUCCCCGGGCCUGACAGCCCCAGCCUGCCCCAGUGUCACUGGCUCAUGCUGCCCUGAAGUGUGGCUGUGUGCCCGAAGCUCGGGUUGGGAUGGUGUGAGCCCGGAGCCGCUCGUCGCCCUCCCAACACCCCUCACGGGCUCUGGCAGGAGCCGAGCCCGUCAGCCGCUUGGAUGAUUUGAUUCUUUCCCUGCCCGACAUCACUCCUGCCCAGAUGCAGUGGAUAAUAUUCAUGUUGCUGUUAUUCAUCAGCUCCAUGGAAAUGCUUGCGCAGAACCGGUGGAAGAAGCAAGCGAGUGCCGGCCUGCUGGAAAACUGCACAGGCUGCGUCCUGUGCUCUGAGGACAACGGCUGCAUCACCUGCCACCACCGGCUCUUCCUGCUUAUCUGGAGGGACGGCAUCCGCCAGUACGGGAUGUGCGUCCACACUUGUCCCCCAGGCUACUUUGGUGUGCGAGGUCUGGAGGUCAACAGAUGCACAAAGUGCAGGUCGCCCAGCUGCGAGAGCUGCUUCAGCAGAGACUUCUGCAUGAAGUGCAAGGACAAGUUUUACUUGUACAAGGGCCAGUGUUUCCGGCAGUGCCCCUCCGGCACUGCGGCACAGCCCGGCACCCGCGAGUGCCAAGAGACGUGCGAGCCGGGGCCGUGGAGCGAGUGGAGCGCCUGCACCCACGAGAGCCGGACCUGCGGCUGCAAGUGGGGAGUGGAGACGCGGGUACGGGAGGUGCCGGAGGCUGCCCGGGAGGAGGGGACUGCCUGCCCCGCGCUGCUGGAGACCAGGAGGUGCCGCAUGAAGAAGCACUGCCCGGGAGAGAAAAUCGAACCCAAAAAUAAAGGCAAAAAGCGACAGAAGAAGCCGAAGACAGAACGGCACACGGGCACCUAGCAGGCACCAGCACGGGAGCUGGAGCACUGUGGCAGGAGCUCCCAGCCAGCUCCUGCCACAGUGCUCCAGCCAUAUUACCCCUGUUUUUCCAUCCAUAAAAAAAAAAAAAUUGCACAAUUUUCUCUGCCGCCCCAUCCCCCUUUUCUUUUGAGACGAUUUAUGGCCUGUAAAACAUUUCCUUUUCAGAAAAUCUAAUUUGCAAUGUCCAAAGCAAAGCCCUAGGGCUUGGGGAGGGGGUGGCUCCUUUAUUCCUCUGGUCUUCUCUCUCCCCUAGCCUGCUCCAUCCCUUCCCUUCCUCCAGACGGGUGGGAUGGGGUUAGACCAGGGGCUGGAUCCUGCUAAUGAAGCUGAUGCCUGCCUGGAUACCGUCCCCCAGGGCUGGGAGCUGCCCUGGCUUCACAGGGUCCUGAUUUUAUGGGUGUGCUGGGGGACACAGUGCACCACUGAGCUGCUCCAGGUGCUGGAUAGUGUUCCCCAUCCUCAGCCACAGGCAUGGGAAGCAGCAAGACUCCCAGGGUUGGGACCCCACUGGGGACCACGCCAUUGCUCACAGCAGCCCAGCCUCAUGCUCAGCAUCCGCACAAGCACAACCAAGGGCCAAAUCCCACUGUCCUGGGGCAGCUGGACCCCCAAACUGGGAACCCUUCUGGGAACUAUGCCAGCCCAGCACUCAGCAUCCUCAUGGGCCAAAUCCUGCCGUCUUUAGACUCACAGAGAGGCUCAAAGAGCUUCUCUCCCAGCUGGAUAUGGGCACAGGAAUUUGUGGUGACCACGGCUGUAUUCGGUCUAGGACAGGGACACACACAGUGCAAGUGCCAGCGCGGGCGGGGCAUGCUGCUGCCUCCUGCAUCCCCAAACCGGGAUGUGUUGGAAGCAGCGCUGUAACCCCCUCCCAGCCAUCACCGGGUGUGUGACCGUGGGGUGCUGAGCCCAGGCGUGCCAGUCUGUCCCUCCCUGCCACGCUGUAUAUGUCCAUAGGCACAGCGGGCUGCAUUGGUCUAUAUAUACCACGUGUGUGCUUAAAUCGCUGUCCCAGCCGCAGGCAGCUCUGCAUUCGGGGUUUGCCGGGGUCCGAACUCCCCGUCCCUGCCCUGAGCGUGAGCAGGGGGAGGCCAGGGCUGGCCGCGUUGUGUCGGGGCUGCGGGGGCUGCACAGACCCUUCAGGACGGGAGCGCUGGGUGUCAGCAUCGAGCCAGCCCCAGAACCGGCACAAAGCUGCCGGAGCAGCUCCUCCGUUCGCUUCAUGACAAAUAAACGGAUUAAACCCCCGG